AUGUCAGCCAACGCACCCCUCCACAUCGCCUGGCGCGGCGUCCCCUUCACCCUCUAUGAAUGCCAACUCGCCUGCGCCCUAAAAAUCUACGUCAAAUUCGAAGACGGCACAAUUCCCGACGAUCAAACGAUCGGACAAGUAAUCGGAACAUCGAGCGGCCUUCAAAACAUGGACUGUGGCGGCUUGGUCGCGCACUUACGGGCCACGAACGAUAUAUACCCCGAAAUGCUUGCCGGCGGUGAGCCGACGGCCAUCUGGGCAACAAAUGUGUGGAACACGUGGCUGGAUCCGUGCGCAGGUCCGGCCGAGACGGCUGUGGGUGUAAUGGAUUGA